AUGGAGUAUUUUGAUUUCGAGGGCGCCUCGUCGGCUCAUGGCUCCGUUCAGCAGGAGGACGAUGUCGCUUCAGUUGAUAUCGAGCUUGAGGAAGCCGAGGAGCAUGCAGCAAACUUUGACGCAAUUGUACAAGAUCAGUCAUUGGAAUUCCCUAAUGAUCCGGUACCGGAGCAGUCAAUGCACCCCGAACAGGCCGUUGACCCCGAGGGAGGUUACCCCAUGUUCCGGGCCCAGGAACCGUGCGACUUUUGUCGCCGCGCAGGGCUGGAUUGUUUCCUUGCAAAACGUGGUGCUUUAAACUACGGUUGCACUUGCUGCAUCUCUCUCUACCGCGAAUGCAGUUUCACCCAUGCUAAGACCACUGGAAAGUUUCUUCAAACCUUACACAGUGUGUCAGAGAAUGCGUAUGUUCCAACUGGCAGUUUAACGGGGAGAAAAGCCCUCAAGUCGGUCUCCUACAACGCAUACCCAGAUGAUUUCGACUCGCGCUCUCGCAGCAGCAGCGCUCGAUUUUCGCGCAAAGCAAUCAGUGUCCUGAAGGGGUGGUUGCGAGAUCACAACGACAACCCGUACCCCACAGAGCAGGAAAGAGACGAGCUCAAAACGUACACUGGGCUGACUCGAACGCAAAUCUCAAAUUGGCUUGCCAACGCCAGGCGCCGCGGUAAAGUUCGUUCAUCAUCCGGCAGCAGUUCUCCCGUCCCUCCCGUCCCGGGGGCAGUUGACAUCCCCAAGAAGCAAUCCGUCGACGUAUCUCUCAUGACCCCCCUCGAACGUUGGAAGUACUCUCCUCCUGAGAACGAACCCGCUACGAUCAGCGAUAUUAACCGUGCCUUGGCCAAUCCUCCAUUCGAUCCCUCUCGCCCACGCCGGGGCCCGUCGAGUCACGUGAGGCCCCGUCGCCCUGGCUCCAGUACCAAUGAGUCAAGCCAUGCGAGCUCCGAACAUAAACUACCUACCCCCUCAGGGAGUAGCUUGGAUACCAGUCGGUCAUCACUUUCAGACCUUUCUUUUGCUUCUGCCUUUUCUCAUCGAUCUUCCUUGUCCUUUGGCUCAAUGGAUCGCAAAGAACGUCGCCGUCGCCGUAAGCCUUCGGUGCCUGUCAAUACAUUGGCUCAUUCCAAGGCCAAAGCUGUCCGGCCUUUCCAAUGCACGUUCUGCACUGACUCCUUCCCUGCCAAGUAUGAUUGGCAAAGGCAUGAGAAGUCCAUGCAUCUCAUCUUGGACAAAUGGACUUGUGCCCCACAGGGUGGUAUCGUCGAACAUAACGGCACACUUCUCUGUGUCUUCUGCUCAGCCAUAAAUCCUGAUAGUGAGCACCUAGAAACACAUAACUUCAUCAGCUGUGAGGAAAAGACAGUACAGGAGAAAACAUUCUACCGGAAGGAUCAUCUGAACCAACACCUUCGCUUGAUGCACAACACCAAGUUCCAACCAUGUAUGGAGAAGUGGCAAAGCAGUAUCACAGAGAUCAAGUCUCGCUGUGGCUUCUGUAACUCUACCUUCCAGACUUGGAAAGACCGAGUUGACCACCUGGCUGGCCAUUUCAAAAACGGUGCCAGCAUGGCUCAGUGGCAAGGAGACUGGGGCUUCGAUCCUAUCAUCCAAGCGCGUGUCGAAAAUGCUAUUCCUCCAUACAUGAUUGAUUAUGAAUGGCGAUCCCCUGAUCCCUGGGCCACUGAACAAGCUAAGGGAACAGAUGAGGAUGGGCCUUCACUUGGCCUUCCUGUGCCCACCGAUAUCAAUUGCUACCGCCGUCUCUCACGAGAACUCACCACGUACAUAUAUGAGCAAAAAGCCCAAGGCGUCAUUCCAUCAGAUCAAAUGAUCCAGACGCAGGCCCGUCGCAUCAUUUACGGGUCAGAUGAUUCGUGGAAUCAAACUUGCGCCGAUAAUGUCGUCUGGCUUGGCGUUCUCAAGCGCGAUUGCGGAUUGCAGACGGCCGUGCACAAUGAUGAAAUUCAAUUUUCUGACUUGGGAAUGCAGCCACCAUUUGCCGUGAACGGUGGCUUGCGAGCUGCUCCACGAGAGAUGAAUGUUUUGGCAAGAACAGUCUGCCACGGCGCCCCCCUCCACAGCCCUGCAGUCUCCAGUCCUGGCUUCCGAAGCCCCGCUUUUCCUGGAACAGGCUUCUCAUCCGCAGGGCCCAGUCGACCGGGGAGUCUCUCCGGUAGCUAUGCUGGCAGUGCAGGGAUAAUCUCAGCCGGGGCAGAUCCUUCCUUCUCUACGGAUUGGGCCAGUAGCCUUCCAACGACUGUGUCUGCGGGCGAGAAGCCAGCUGAUCCACUUAUCCAAAUGGGAUUUGACCCCGAGUUCCUCCAACGACUGAAUGACAGCUAUGACGAAAUCAACCCGGAUACCAUCGAGGGCAUACAAGUAGAUAGUGAGGGUCGAAAACUCGCUCAAGUUCAAGGGUGGUCGAACCCGAGCUUACUUCAUCAGCCGAUUGCUCCAGGCCAGCCUAUCUCAAGCGAAGUUCCUGCUUCAGAUCCGGGCUUUAUGUUCAAUUCCCAAGAGGGCCACCCCCCUGCAUCCGACGCUGCCCAACGUGACAUGCCUGGCCUUUUUGACAACACCGGCAACUUUUGA